CCCCGGCCCUGAGUAGUCAACAACUCGACGGCUCUCCCCCCACCCUUCUGCCACUUUCCUCUUCCUCGACGCAUCAAAGCAUCAUGGCUCUGCUCGCGUUUCAGCAAGAGAACCUUGCAAGCUUGAUCGCUUCCAGGAUCAUCGCCGAGCUACAUCGGCAAUAUGCUUUCGACUGCUACAAGCAGCCGCCCAGAGCACAGCGAGAAGGGGAUUGGGAGGUUAUUACUGUGUUAUUAGCUCAUCUCGUCAGGGCACACAGCGGAUUUCCUGAAAUCGAGGGUAGCGCCUAUGUCUAUGAGAAUUUAGCCUUCUCUGCUUUAACGAUUGUGUAUGGAGUCGGUUGUGUUCCUGCAAAGCCCCAGUGGAAGUCAUCUGAAGUUGUGAAGGCCUCUGAAUCCCGUAUCAUGGAAGGCGUUAGCGAGAUCUUCGUUGUUCGUGAAGAAAGAGUUCCAUCUCAAGUUCAUGAAAAAAGUGUGGAGUUAACUGGAGGAAUAACUCUUGCUGACAAGACGCAUAGGUUACUCUGUUGUACACAAAAAGAAAACCUUGAUGAGCAUCACGGAAUUGAUUGGCACACACGCUACAAAAUAAUUCAGGGGAUUUGCGAGGGUUUGGCAUACCUCCAUAGGCAACUGGAAUAUUGUAUUUGUCAUGGUGAUGUAAAACCGGACAAUAUAUUGCUGGAUGCAAUUAUGGUGCCAAAAAUUGCAGAUUUUGGCCUGUCAAGGUACUACGGGGAAGAAAUUGUAGGAACAAGUAAAAUUGUGAAGUGCAAUGGAACAAUACUUCUUUCUGACAAGAUGGUGAGGUUACUCUGUUUUGAGUAUUUGCAAAAGGGAAACCUUGCUGCGUAUCUUUCUGAUGAGCAUCAUGUAAUUGAUUGGCACACACGCUACAAAAUAAUUAAGGGGAUUUCCGAGGGUUUGUCAUACCUCCAUACGCAACUGGAACAUCUUAUUUGUCAUUUUGAUGUACAACCAGACAAUAUAUUGCUGGAUGCAAAUAUGGUGCCGAAAAUCGCAGAUUUUGACCUGUCACGGUGCUUCGCGGAAGAACUAGCACGAAACAAGACAAAUUGUAUAGGAACACAGAGGUACGAAGCGCCAGAGAUGAACGGAAAGAAAAUCUCAUAUUUGUCUGACAUAUACCGUUUGGGUCUCCUAGUCCUUAGUAUAUUGAAGAUUACAUGGUGGAGGCAAGCGAUGUGGAUUAUGCUCGAGUCAUCUGCCAAACAAAUGAAGAGAUUAAACCAAAUAGCUUUAAGCUGUCUGGAAACAGGCAAAUCCACAAAGGUUACGAGAAGCACUGCUUCUUCAACGCAACGGGCUGCGGAUGAUAUCAACGUCCCGGAUUCUGGUGUUCGCAUCGGCGCCACAGUUGACGUCCCCAAAAUGAAACCUUCCCCGGAUUGUAUUAACAUGGUCAAGGCACCAUCAACUCCUGAAGAUUCAGUGGUCCUUGUGCUUGACUCCGGAAGCAGUAAAUUAGCCCAAACACCAUCUAUGCAUCGACAUCUCAGCCAUAGUAACCUGACAGAUGAACGGAGCAACAAACCACUCUCUAAUAGAGCUCCAGCAACCAAUUCGUCAGACGACACAACACGCGCUCCAGUGGAACCUAAUAAGCUUACUGACGAUGCAGCUCACAGUGAACCUAAUUCCAGCGUCGACGAACGCGAUACCAAUGAGGAGGCAAGGAGAUCCGGCAAAUGGUAUGUAGCAACCGGCGCAGCACAUCACGCGACAGGGGACCGUGGUCUAAUCACCAACCUGGUGGAACUCGAGAACGAUAGCCUAUGUGUUCACGCGGCAGAUGGGACGCCCAUGCUUGUCCGAGGCCGCGGCAACGUGGAGACCGACAACGUGGUGCUUCCGGACGUGUACUACGUCCCCGGGCUUUGGACGAACCUUGUUUCCGUCGGCCAGCUUGCGGGGCUAGAUUACUGCAUCGGGUUUAGCCGCGGUGCAUGCCACAUCAGUGACGCCGCCGGCACGGUCGUCGGUACAGCCCACGCCAGGGGGGACGGCCUGUAUGAGGUGGACCAUCUCAGAGUGCCACUUGCUGGCGCAUACCGUGAAGUGCUGUAGCAUAUGUGCUGUUGUUGUGUGAGCUAGUGCGAUGUAGGAGCCACAUUCAAUAAGGGCAACCGAUCCAUGCACUAUAUUGCUUUUCGCUUUUUGUUAAAACUUUGUAUGUCUUCCUGAUCGGCCCAAUUCCAUCGCACCAACUAUGCAUGAAACCAUGUUCCAUGAACUGGUUAUCAUUAUAUAUGCUAUUGCUUAUGUGUUUUUUAUU